UUGGGAGGUGGUGACCUAUGGUCGGAUCUAUGUGUGUGUUGGGAGGUGGUGACCUAUGGUCGGAUCUAUGUGUGUGUUGGGAGGUGGUGAUCUAUGGUCGGAUCUAUGUGUGUGUUGGGAGGUGGUGAUCUAUGGUCGGAUCUAUGUGUGUGUUGGGAGGUGGUGACCUAUGGUCGGAUCUAUGUGUGUGUUGGGAGGUGGUGAUCUAUGGUCGGAUCUAUGUGUGUGUUGGGAGGUGGUGACCUAUGGUCGGAUCUAUGUGUGUGUUGGGAGGUGGUGACCUAUGGUCGGAUCUAUGUGUGUGUUGGGAGGUGGUGACCUAUGGUCGGAUCUAUGUGUGUGUUGGGAGGUGGUGACCUAUGGUCGGAUCUAUGUGUGUGUUGGGAGGUGGUGACCUAUGGUCGGAUCUAUGUGUGUGUUGGGAGGUGGUGACCUAUGGUCGGAUCUAUGUGUGUGUUGGGAGGUGGUGACCUAUGGUCGGAUCUAUGUGUGUGUUGGGAGGUGGUGACCUAUGGUCGGAUCUAUGUGUGUGUUGGGAGGUGGUGAUCUAUGGUUGGAUCUAUGUGUGUGUUGGGAGGUGGUGAUCUAUGGUCGGAUCUAUGUGUGUGUUGGGAGGUGGUGACCUAUGGUCGGAUCUAUGUGUGUGUUGGGAGGUGGUGACCUAUGGUCGGAUCUAUGUGUGUGUUGGGAGGUGGUGACCUAUGGUCGGAUCUAUGUGUGUGUUGGGAGGUGGUGAUCUAUGGUUGGAUCUAUGUGUGUGUUGGGAGGUGGUGAUCUAUGGUCGGAUCUAUGUGUGUGUUGGGAGGUGGUGACCUAUGGUCGGAUCUAUGUGUGUGUUGGGAGGUGGUGAUCUAUGGUCGGAUCUAUGUGUGUGUUGGGAGGUGGUGACGUGUUCAGCUCUGAUCACACAUCUCCACACUUCUCGGCUUCUAUCAGAAAUUGAACUACCGAAUUGAUGGCUAAUUUUAAGGGCCAUGCACUUCCAGGAAGUUUCUUCCUCCUCUUCGGCCUGUGGUGGUCUGUGAAAUACCCCCUGAAAUAUGCCUGCCGAAAACAUAAAAAGAUUUGCUGGUUUGGUUCCAAAGUUGGUUUCCAGCGUGUGGAGGUGAUCGAAGGAGCAGUGAAAGCAAUCUUUGCGUUGAUUGGAAUUUUAGCUGAACAGUUUGUGCCGGAUGGUCCACACCUCAAGCUGUACAAUCAUGAAGAGAAGCAGUGGGACCACCUUAUGAACUGGCAGCAUGCCACCAUGUAUUUCUUCUAUGGCAUCUCCGGUGUGGUGGAUAUCAUCACCCACACUACGAAAGCUGUUCCCGUUGCCAUGGAUAGAAUGAUGCUCGCCAUUGCUGUAUUUGUUGAAGGAUUCCUGUUCUACUAUCAUGUCCAUGGCAGGCAGGAGCUGGACCUUCACAUUCAUCUGCUCCUCUUGUUCGCGGUAUUUGGUGGAGCGCUGUGUAUAUUUCUAGAGGUCUUCUUUCGUGGAAAUAUCAUCCUGGAGCUCUUCCGAUGCAGUCUGUGUAUAUUACAAGGCAGUUGGUUCUGGCAGAUUGGAUUUGUGCUGUUCCCUCCUGGUGGUGGCCCUGAGUGGAAUCAGAACGAUCACAGCAAUAUAAUGUUUAUUACAAUGUGCUACUGCUGGCAUUUCGCCUUUGCUCUUCUGAUCGUGGGUGUGAAUUAUGGAGUAGUUAUGUGGGUGGUUAACAAAAAGCUGAAGGGCGCUCAGACAAUGGAGAUGGAGCUAUUAAAAUCCCAGCAAAGAGAUCAAGACUCUGAGGAUGACUUCUAGUACACCAUUCUCUUUUGGGUUAUGAUGAUUUCAACAUCCUGUUUCCUAUCAAUUGUACUGUAUUGUAUAAUAGACCAAAUUGACAUGUAAUAAUGUAAAAAAGUAACUAUAAUAAUGGUAACAUUUUGACUCCACCCACUGUAUAUAAUACUCAGAUAAUGGUAUCACACGUCUGGAUAACAUAUAUCUGGGGAUUAGGGAUUAUAAUUUUAAUGGUAAAACAAGACUAUCCUAGAUCUUACCGUGUACAUCUUCUGCGGCAAAAAACGUUGUGAUUGUUGGAUGAUUAGACAUCCGUCAGUGGUAAUAUUUGAACAUUCUCAAUCUCAUUUUUAAAGUAGAAUUACUGUUUUUGGAAAAUUAUUUUUUUAAUCAGCUUAAUUUAGGUUAUAAAAUGUUUUAUUAAUUUUUUUUUUUUUUUAGGAGUAUAUCGUUCCAAAAAAAGCAAAUGGCUUGGAUUCUCAGGGGAGAGUCUGGCCUAGAGUAUCAGUUUUAGGAGACCCCUUUUUCUAACCUAUGUUGUACAUCAGUCAUUUUACUAACUUCUCUCAACAUUCCU